AUGCCGGAUGAAGCGGAUAUCAUGGACGAGCUCCAUGGGCUCAAUGGAGAACUGAAGAGCUUCCCUGCCGGUGCGCAUUGGUUCUGUCCCAAGCGGAAUGACGAAGAUUAUGUCGACUAUUCCCGCCCAGACGACGCCGAGGAGGAUAUGAGUGCAGAAACCAAGAAGGAACUUAUACAAGAUGCCCAGCGGAGGCAGACUGUUGCAUAUAAAUAUUCUCUCAUUAUAGGAUUAGAUCCUGAUUCAGGUGGCCCCAUGGUAGAAGACUACCUUGAACGUUUAAACAAACUUUUGACGUGCUGUGAUAAAUGUGUGCAUAAUUGGCAUAUAGGUCGCAAGGCAUAUCUGAAGGAACUAGCAGAGAGUUUCGAUGAUGAAACUGUCGCAGAGCUUUCGAACCGCCUGAACGCUAUCGAUUUUCAACGUAUAGAUAAUGGGCUAAGGUCAAGCAAGAAAGUCAUAUCCGAUGUGGAGUCUCCAAUGAGGACGCAGAAAUUGCUUGCUGGAUACGACUCCUCCCUUCUUUUGUCUCUCUACGAAUCACUUUGUUGCGUCGAUUACCAUAAAUCUGAGGAUAACUUAUCGAAGCACUUCGAUUUCGUCUUUGAAGAAAUACAAGCAAAGAAAGUCUUGAGAAUUAGCGACAUAUUACCAGCUACAGGACGUUUUUUAUUCGAUAAGAAUGUCAUACGACUCCGAUUUGCUAGGUGCGCCUGGCAGAAAGCUACUACUAUGCUUACGCCCGAAUCAUUCGAAUGGGUCGUACAUGACACACUGUCGGAAGCAAUUAUUUCUGUGACCCAAGGAAAUUACGAUUACGAUGAUAUCAUACGCUUUUGGGAAGGAUUCCUUUUGAUUUUAGACAAACUAGAUGAACACCUCAUAACACAUUCUCUCCGAGCAAUGGAGGUUCAACCAAAUGUGUAUAUGCUUGCACUCAACCACUUAACUUGUAAAUCGGAAAGGAUCGGUCAGCUAGUUAUCGAAGUGCUUAGAGGCUUACUCAAGAAGUCCCCAAAGAACUUCUGGGCUGCAUUUAAUACAAUCUCGCCAGCCACCAUUGCAGAAAACAUUUUUCGGGGUGGUGGCUUUGAGGGAAUGCUUUGCAGAAUAAACUUUGAAGACCCGGAAAUCUCUUUUGCACUGGCGUGGAUACCUGAACUUGUGGAAUCACUUCCUUCUGAUCGUCAAUAUGAUGCUUGCAGCUUCCUGCUUGAAUUUCUUCUACGACGGUAUCAAAAGACGACGUGGCCAGAGAACACCAGGCUUGCUUGUUGUUGCGUAGCACUCGAUACUCUCCGUGCCACUUUAAACACCUUUGUCGACUCGGAAUACAACAUCAACCCCUCAACGUCUCUUAUAUUCAUCAAUAACAUCAUGGGGCUUGUUGACCAAUACAAGGAGACGAUUGCGAGAUCUGCUGAUCUGAAUAUGGCCGACGCUACACAUCAAGAAAUGAGGAGGCUUGGUAUGUUAGUGGUACGGGAUGCUUUGGCGCUUGAUUGCAAAUCUUUAAGUGCAGAGUUCCAGGCUCUCGCGCAAAAUAUCCCGAUACAACAGGGCCUUAGAAGCCAUUCUCAACCAAUUUGGCAAGCUGUUCUUGACAUUUUUAGACCAGGAAACGUAGAUUUGGCCAAGAGUAUUCUUGCGGCAACAACUCACCUCACCGGCUUGGAUGAACUCACACCACAGACGAAGAAAUCACCCCUUCCUCCCUCCCAUCUACAGUAUAACAAGGACUUUCAUCAACUAACCGAGAACGUGUCUAGAAUUUUUGAGCGCCUUAGUGAUUUUGAUGCAUCUCAUUUGAUCGAGAUGUACCGGGACCCUCAGACUUCUCGUCCACUGUUUGCAGCCCUGCUCUCUGCUGAUCAAGAAAUUUUCGAAGCUGCUGUUGAGGUUGUUAAAGCUGCAACAGGCCAAGUAAGCAAGCGAGAAGCUAUGUCGAGCUUGUUGGAGCAAGCAUUUGUACCGAUGUUGAAUUCCCUGACAUUUGCUACCGUCCGAGUCACAAAGGCAAAAAACUUCUCCCCUGUUCCAUAUCUAAUUAAAGUUGGGCGGGACAUGCUCAAUGCUCUAUGUGGAAACACAGGAUAUCUACGAAAUCAUCCUUCUUUGGAUUCUACAGAACGAGGCGCUGUAAUGUCUUGGUGGAUUAACCAGUGGCGUGCUCUUGAUAUGACGUUCUCCAACACAGAAUCAUGGGGAGGUCGUGUACAACGCUCAAAGGAAUACUUGCAGGAUUUUUGCCGAGAUGGCAUGGAAUAUGCAGAGUCUUUGUUCAACCAAUAUAGUAUCAUCGCCUCUGCUCUAAGCGAGUCUCCUGGCUUGUCUAAUGAUGAAUCGACAGCCCACAGCUCGUCAAAGUCUGCACUGAAGAAGGUAUUGCAAGUCGUUUGCCUGAAUGUGAACGGUCUGACCAUGAUGCUCAGGCUGAGAGAUAUCUAUCUAGUCAGCGUGAUCACUAGUCUUCUUGGAAAGCUUCUUCGAUCAUUAGCAGAGUUCGAUGUCGAGGUCCAUCAGUACGCACUAGGAUAUAUACAAGAUGCAUGCAGAAAUGACAACGAUUCAAAAUACAGAAAGACCAAUCUUACUAAUCAACAAAAGGCCGAGUUAAAUGCUGCUCUUGAUGAGCAUAAAGGUUUGGAGGUUAUAGAAAUCCACCCUACAACGGCUAAGAAACAGCAAUCAAGAAUUGAUUCAUGGUCUAAGUCAGCAGAAGGUGCAAAACAUGAGCCGACAAUUAGCAUUAAGGGACGCCAAACUCAAACGUCGCUCGAUACUUGGUCAAAAGCUGGAGACGGCAAAACAUAUGAGCCAGUCAUCACUCAAUCCAACAAGGCAUCACAGGCUCCCUUUACGCUUUCUGAGCAUCAUAAGAGUAUCAUAGACCAAAUGAGAGCACAGCCACAACUGAAAAACGUCCAAGCUACCGAAGAUUGGAAGGAGAAACGCCGUAAAGAUGCAGAGGACAGGAAGAAGCGGGACGCAGAAGCUGUUGCUCUAGCGAAAGCCCUUCGUGCCCCAACGGCCUUAGUAAAGGGUGAAGGAUCUGGUCUAAAGAACUUGAGUGGUGUAGCAGGUAAAGAUCAUGCGCCUGUUCGAAGUGAGAUAAUGGUGGGGUCAUCAGACGAAGAUUCGGAUGAUGAUGAUGACGAUGGUUCCGACACGAACUUACUUUUCAGCAAAAGCCGGGAAGCUUCGAAGACAGUCAAAGAGUAUGAAGAAAGCAGGAAAAAGGCUCUUUUACAAGCGGCGGCGGGUCCAGUACGAAAGACCAAGAAGGUGUACUCAAAGAAGGAUCUUCGUGCUCGUUUGGAGCCAAACAUGGAUAUCAUAUAUCUCGAGUUACUCAAUUGGGACAUUUUCCAUGAGGGCGAGGACCCUCCAAGCAACAAUGUUUGUAGGAAGAUUGCGAACAGCUUCCUCGACCUCGGACUCUAUAAGGAUACCUUCAAGCCUUUGCUCAUAUCGGAAGUAUGGCGAUCAUUGCUAACAGCCAAAGAAGAGAACAACUAUAAGCCUAUAGAAAUAAAGGUUCUGAAUCGUCUGUCUGUUGAUAAGUUUAUGGAAGUUAGCACUACCAUGUCGAUUUCCAAUCAAAGAGACCUCAUGGUGUACCAACAAGACAUUGUACUCCUUUCUAAAAGCUCAAAUCCGCUUCAAGACAAGCAAGCACCACAUUGCCUCGCACGUGUUUUUAAGACAACCCGUAAGCGGGAUGCAGUGGAGGUCACAUAUAGAGUUAGUAGGGAUAUUAGCCCUGAACUUCUGAAUUGUUUUGUGCCCAACGGCAAAUUACACACCCUCAAAAUCACUGAUAUGACGACAACUCUGCGAGAGUUUGCAGCCCUGAGCAGUCUCGAAUACUACGACUUAUGCACCGAAAUUAUGGAGGCAAAGCCUUCUCCGUUACAAAAAUAUUCCGAUGAGAAAGUUGCUUCGAUUUCGACCAGGUAUAAGCUCAAUAACGGGCAAGCCAAAGCAAUUUUGUCCGCAAAUGAUAAUGACGGUUUUACUUUGAUCCAAGGUCCUCCUGGAUCAGGAAAAACUAAGACUAUUAUUGCGAUGGUCGGUGCUUUGCUCUCCCAAGUGCUUCAGCAGCAAGCACAACAGGUUGGCUUCAGGCCACAAGGUCAAAAUGGCGGCGCAGGCGCCCAAGCCCAAGCACCUAAGAAAAAGCUACUUAUCUGCGCUCCCAGUAACGCUGCUGUUGAUGAAUUGGUCCUCAGGUUGAAGGAGGGAAUCUUGCCUCUCACCGGCUCUCAUCAAAAGAUUAACGUCAUCCGUGUCGGGCGAAGUGAUGCCAUCAAUUCUACCGUGAAGGAUGUCACGCUUGAUGAAUUGGUUAGGAUCAAGCUCGAAGGUGACCAAGAGUCCAAAAAGGGUCAAUUGAAUGACCGGGAGAAGCUACACAGGGACGCAGGGCUUAUAAAAGAGAGACUCAAUGUCAUAAGGCCUGAAAUGGAGAAGUGCCGUGCAGAAGGUGACAGAACCUCGGAACAGAAACUGCAAAGAGAGUUCGACGAGCUUAAGCGGAAGCAAGCACACAUUGGUAACAAAAUCGACGAAGAUAAGGAAAGCGACAACAAGGUUCGACAAAAUGAGAUCAGUAGACGUCAUUUUACGCAGGAGAUUAUCGAUGGCGCCCAUGUUCUGUGUGCUACACUCAGUGGAUCUGGACACGAUUUUCUGAGGAAUGUCAAUGUUGAAUUCGAGACGGUUAUUAUUGACGAGGCUGCUCAAUGUAUUGAACUCAGCGCUCUUAUACCUCUCAAGUAUGGUGCUACGAAAUGUAUCUUGGUUGGAGACCCUGAGCAACUGCCUCCAACAGUUCUCUCGCGACUAGCAAAGAGUUAUGGCUACGAACAGAGUCUUUUCGUCCGAAUGCAGCGGAACCAUCCUAAAGAUGUUCACCUACUGGACACUCAGUACCGCAUGCAUCCCGAGAUCAGUCAAUUUCCAAGUCAACAGUUUUAUAACAGUCGUCUCAUUGAUGGUGAUGGAAUGGCACAGUUGCGGGUUCAGCCAUGGCACGCAAGCUCCAUUCUUGGACCUUAUCGAUUUUUUGAUGUUGUGGGUGUACAAAGCAAGGAAACCAAGGGACAUUCGCUCAUCAACGUUCCUGAGUUGAAUGCUGCUAUCCAGCUUUACCAACGACUUAAGACAGAUUACAGAUCUUAUGAUUUUAGAGGUAAAAUUGGUAUUAUUACAACCUACAAGGCUCAAUUGAACGAGCUUAAACGACGUUUUGGUGCGAAAUUCGGAGACGAAAUUUUUGAAGAGAUUGAAUUUAAUACGACUGAUGCUUUCCAAGGUCGAGAGCGAGAGAUCAUCAUAUUUUCUUGUGUUCGUGCCAAGGCUGCAGGAGGUAUUGGUUUCCUAAACGACAUCCGACGUAUGAACGUGGGCCUGACUAGAGCCAAAUCGUCCUUGUGGGUUCUUGGAGAUUCUAGGGCAUUGGAGCAAGGUGAAUUUUGGAACAGGCUUAUUCAAGACGCCAGGAGCCGUAGCAGAUAUACAAGUGGCGAUAUCAUGGGAUUGUUGUCAAAGCCGACGUCUAAGGAUGCACCAGUGAUAGACUAUUCACAACUGUCCUCUAAUGUCAACGGCAAUAUCUCUAGGCGGUCGUCUGAGAAAAGCGACAGCGAUAUCGACAUGACAGAUGCGCCACAAAAUCAAAGUUCACGCGGAUCAGGAUCGGGUAGUAGUAGCACAACACCGGCGGAUAGCGAUGAUAGGAUGACACCGACAAAUGUCGAGACGACUGAGCAGAGAAAGCGGCCCAGGGAACGAGAACCUCGAGAAGAAAAUAUUCCGAAAAAGCAGAAGAUUCCACCCCCGGAAGUAGAUCAUGCACCAUCAGCCUCUGCCAUAAUCAACCGGGGCUCAGCCGAACCUCAGCGAGGUGCUCAAAAACUGGAUCUGGAAGCUGCACUUCAAGCACAGCAGGCAACUAAAGCUGCUGCGGCGGCGCGUGCACCAAAGCCUAAUCUACCCCAUCCUCCGCGUAGGAAGGCGCCAGCGGACCCCUUUAUUCAGCGUAAACCAGCAAAAAGAAAGUGA